ACGAGUCGACUGUCCGACCUCGCGCUAUCGCACUUCCUCCGUCCGGGGCCGACGCCUCCCGAUUCCGGUGGCUGGCGUCGCCCGCCUUCGUCGCUCCUGCGAGUGUUUGUUCGCCAUGGGCAGCCCUCGCGCCGCGGGCGCCGCCGUCGCCGCCGUCGCCCUCGCCCUUGCCGUCGCCCGCGCCGCCGCCUUCAACUUCGCCCCGGAACACGCCCGCGUGCUCCACGACCCCCGGAAAGACACGCGCAGCUACUUCGGAUUUGCGGUGGCCCUCCGGAAACACGAGGCCGGUGCCGAUUCUAUCAAAAUAUCAAUUUCCUCAUGUCUAAAUUCUCUUAUUGAAAUGUUUCUAGGAACUUUCAAAACUUCUGUGAGUGAUAAAGACAAUGGUGGGUUAGGCGCUGUUGUUGUUACACAAAAUUCUGGAAAUGCUAUAAUGACAUGCGCACCAAGAUGGAAAAGUAAUGAAGUAUGUGACAAUGUGCAACUUCCUUCUCGACUCAAUGGCAUUUGUUAUUUUACUUCCAAUAUCACUUACCCAGCCAGUCGUGUUACUCCAUUUCGUCCUUUUACUAAGUGUGAUGGGCAGAUUUUCAAAAACAAAUAUCAUUUCGCAUUUGCUGAAGCUGGAAUGUCAGUUCAAAUUGUGAAGAACUUAUCUGAGAUAAUACUAGGGGCACCAGGGAUCAGCAAUUGGAGAGGAAUGAUUUUGAGACAUAGAAUUGCAGAUAAUGCAUCAGAUAUACCAUGUCCAUCAUGUUACAAAAUGCAGGAUUACAGUUACUUUGGAUAUGCUGUUAAUUAUGGAAAAUUUUCCCAUUCUGAAGGUAUAUUAUAUGUAAGUGGUGCCCCCAGAGCGGCUGAAAAUAAGGGCAAGAUAUUCAUUUUUAAAUUUGAAAGGCAAUGGAGUUACAAUAAGAUAAGACCAUGGGGUUACAAAAUAAUUAAAGAAAGAGAAGGAACUCAAUUAGGAGAAUAUUUUGGUGCAUCUCUGUGUGUAGCGGACUUCAAUAAAGAUGGACUGGAUGAUCUACUUGUUGGUGCUCCACAACAUUCUGUCAAGACAAAUAUUGGAGAUGAAGGCUGCAUUUAUGUUCUGUUGAGUUCUGAUAAUGAUUGGAAAGCUGUAAGAAAAAUAGCAGGAAGUGAUCAAAGAGGUGCGAGAUUUGGCACAGCAAUAGCAUUAUUAGGAGAUAUCAACAGUGAUGGGUUCCCAGAUGUAGCAGUGGGAGCACCCUACGAAAACAAUAGGCAAGGUGCUAUUUACAUUUAUCAUGGAAACAAGAAUGGCUUAAAUUAUCUCUAUAGCCAGAAAAUUAAACCUUCUGAAAAACUGUUUUUGAGAGGAUUUGGGGCUAGUAUUUCAGAAGGUUUGGAUGUUGAUGGAAACUAUGUAAAUGAUAUUGCUGUUGGUGCUUACAUUUCUGGACAUGUUGUUCUUGUAAGAACAUAUCCUGUUGUUACAAUAAUUCCUGAUUUGAUGCCCAAGGAUAGAAAAAUUCCUUUUACAACUGAAACUUUUGAAAUAAAAUUAUGCUUUUCAUUUGCUGAAGAUUACAAAUCUUUGAGAGUAGGAGUGGCAAUCUCAUUAAAACUUGAUCAUUACUAUAAGCGAAUUUCUUUUGAGGCAGGUAAAGCUAAUUACACAUCUCAUUACAAUAUUUCUCUUCAAAACAAGCAACAUGAUUGCCAAACUUUGAAUUUAUUUAUUCAGAAUAAAACUGAGUUUUCAAAACCCAUUGAGAUUUUUGUGGAAUAUAAACUCAUCACACCACUUCCGUUGACAAAUUCCAGGGAAAGUAAGGUGUCUAAAAUAGAAAGUGACACAUUUUGUAAACAUUGUGCAAUUAUCAAUCCCAAAGAAGAACAUUGGAGAAAAUGGCUUAUACAAUACAUACCUGAUAGUGCACCUGCAGAUCUAAAUGUGAAAGCAAAUUUUCUGAAUGUGAAAUCACCAUAUAUUAUUGGUACUACAAACACAAUUGAGUUUUACGUCCAACUGAAAAACAAUAAAGAACAAGCAAUGGAUACAUAUGUUUUCAUAAUAUUUCCUUCAGUUCCUUUAAGUUUAUUAAAACAAUUUCCAAAUUCUUGCCAAGUAAAUGUAAGAGAAUUGGUUAAUGAUAUUUUAGAGCUUGUUUGUGAAGUAGAAAGUCCGUUUUACCAUGGAAUAGAGCAUUAUAUUAAUAUCACUCUUGUUAUGACUGAAGUACCCUCUGAGCUAACAAAGCUUAACAUUAGUGUGUAUGCAAGAAGUAUAAGCUUGGAGGAACAUGAACCGGAUAAUGAAGCAAAUUUAUAUUUAUCUUUGGAAAGGUCAUUCGAUCUAGAAAUUCAUGGUAAAAGUGCAGAAUAUUCUUUAAUUGAUGAUGAGCUUACAUUAAAUGAUGAAGGACUUGGGGAAGGAAAAGCAACUAAACAACAAUUAUAUAAGCACAGUUAUCAGAUCAUAAAUAAUGGACCAAGUCCUGCAACCAACAUUGAUCUUAAUUUUGAAAUUCCAACAAGCAUGCGGCAUCAUUUUGCAGAUCCUAUAGAAGUUGUUACAAUUCGAGAACAAGUAGCAUAUUUAGAGGAACAGCCUUUGUCUUGUACAGUUGUUGAUUCAUCCAGUUCUAAAACAUACAAAAACUUUUCCAUCCAUGAUGAAAUUCAAUUUCCCUCAAAUAGGACAUUCAUAUUGAGUUGUUCAGAAACAUCUGUUCUUUGUACACAAAUUAUAUGUAGAAUUAAUUCACUGUAUCCUGGAAACAGAGGUGCAAAAAUAUCAUUUGCUCUGCAUCUCAUGGCUGAAAAAUUAGGUGCAGCAAUGGGUCUGAAGGAUAUAAUUCUUAUAAAGACAUUUGGACAAAUUUUGAUUUCUCCAAAAAGGAAUUUAGAAGUUCAAUCAGUGGUAUGGACAAAACCGCCAACAGCAAAAUUGGACAUAAUAACAAUAAGUAUAGGUAUUACUUGUGGACUGCUCAUUUUUCUGACUCUUGUUUUAUUACUUAUUAAGGCUUUGGAAUCUAAUAGUAUUCCAGCAAGUACUUUUUACAGUCCACGAGGUUCCAUCAUGGUAUUUUAAUGAAGAUUGGUGGUAGCAGUUCUCAGACAAAGACUGUUUUUCAAGACUGAGUGUACAAAAAAUUAAUUUGUUACUUUGGCAUUGUAUCAAUGCCAUUUUUAAUUACUAUGAAUAAACUAUUAUUUAACAAUGUGAAAUGAAAUUGUGAUAUCAAGUUGACUCUGAAAACUAAAUAUAUGAGUAAUAACUGCAAAAUUUUGUGUCGCUUGAAGGCGCUUCUUGAAGAACUUCCCCUUUUAUUUCAUAGAGAAACAUAAUGAGUUUUUGAAAUUGAAGAACAGUUAUCAUAAGGACAAAAAUCUUAACACAAAAAGAGAAGCAAAAGUAAAUCAUGGACACAGAUGUUUCUUAAAUGUACUUCUGGACACCACUCAAUACAAUUCGAAUAUCACUGAAUGUGAAUUAUUGGUAUAUUUGUGGAACGUUCGAGGAACAAGCGGAACCCCUGUUUUGCAAAAAUAGACGCAACCCGCUUUACGCUAUUAAAUCUCAUGUCCACACACGUGUUAACCCUUAGUCAACGCAGGAUCGAUGCUUUUUUUAGGAAGGGCAACAAUUUUACAAUUCACACGAGUCCUAAUUAAAAAUAAAGUGUAUUAUCUCAUCACAAG